UUUUUGCAUGAGCAGUAAGACGAGCAAUAGCAAAAGAAUCAACGAUCAAAAUAAAUAUAAAAUAAAUGAAAGCAGUCCCAACUAAUUCCAGUUGAAGAACCAAACCAAAACCCUUCUCUCUCUGGAAUCAAGAAAAUGGAAUCAUUCUUGAGAUCAUGGACGGGUCAAGAUCCGAACCCGGAAGAUUACAAGAAGAUAGAAUUCUGGUCGAAUCCGGAACGGGCGGGAUGGCUAACAAAGCAAGGGAAUUACAUUAAGACAUGGAGGCGGCGCUGGUUCAUCUUGAAGCAAGGGAAGCUACUCUGGUUCAAGGAGAAACAUGUAACCCGGCAUUCAAUUCCACGUGGCGUUGUUCCAGUGGGUCAGUGUUUGACUGUGAAAGGUGCGGAAGAUGUGAUCAACAAGCCUUUUGCUUUUGAACUCUCUACGAAUCAAGAAACCAUGUAUUUCAUAGCUGAUUCCGAGAAAGAGAAAGAGGAGUGGAUCAAUUCCAUUGGUAGGUCUAUUGUUCAACACUCUCGGUCUGUUACUGAUUCUGAGGUUGUCGAUUAUGAUAAUACCAAGCCUUGAUUUUUAUUUUUCUUCUUCUUUUCUUUUCCUUUGCGGGAAGUGUAUACAAUAGAAUAAUACUAUGAUGUUUGUUUCUUGAUGUUGUUCUGUUGGGUAUGAGAUACUACUGUGUUUCUGUUGUUAUUAUUGUUGUUGGUAUGUAAUUAUGGAUCUGUUCUGUAUUUUGGUUUCUUUAGUUUCAGGGUUUAUUUGGUUAA